CGUGAGAAAGAAAGAGAUGGCUGAGAAAGAAGAGAAGGAAAGGGUGUGUAUCACAGGUGCAGGAGGUUACAUAGCUUCAUGGGUUGUCAAGCUUCUGCUUUCAAAGGGUUUUAUUGUUCAUGGAACUGUCAGAGAGCCAUGUGAUGGAAAGAACAGUCAUCUGAAAAAAUUGGAGAAGGCUUCAGAGAAUUUGAAACUGUUCAAGGCAGACUUGUUGGACUACGAUGGCCUUUGUGCUGCCAUUGAUGGUUGCACUGGAGUCUUCCAUAUUGCCAGCCCUAAUCUUUACCCCAAAGUAUCCAAUCCCCAGGCAGAAGUGGUAGAGCCUGCUGUAGUGGGUACGAUAAAUAUACUAAAGGCAUGUGAGACGGCCAGAGUGAAGAAAGUUGUGGUAGUGUCAUCUGUUGCUGCAGUCAUCCUCAACCCAAGCUGGCCUAAGGAUCGUCCAAAGGAUGAAGAAUGCUGGUCUGACCCUGAGAUUUGUAAGGCACCCGAGAACUAUUAUUUCCUAUCGAAAACACUGGCAGAGAGUGAAACUUGGAAGCAUGCAAGGACAAGUGAAUUGGACAUUGCAACAGUUUGUCCAUCCUUUGUUUUCGGGCCCAUGUUGCAACCCACACUGAAUGCCAGCAGCUACGUUCUCUUAACAUAUUUGAAAGAUGGACCUGAAUCCGUGGAAAAUAAAGAUCGUCCUAUUAUUGAUGUUCGUGAUUUAGCUGAAGCAAUUCUUUUGGUAUAUGAGAAACCUGAGGCACAAGGAAGAUACAUAUGUUCAUCAUAUACAAUAUCAACACAAGAAUUAGUAGAGAAGUUGAAGAGUAUGUAUCCUAAUUACAAUUAUCCUAAAAGCUACACUGCAGUGGAGGGUUUGAAGCUAAGUUCGGAGAAGUUGCAGGGUUUGGGAUGGAAGUAUCGGCCACUAGAAGAGACUCUUGUGGAUGCUGUUAAAAGCUUUCAAGAGAAUGGCUUCUUGCCAAAGCACUAGACAACAAGACUAUGGGAAAAACGACCGGCUAGAAACCUUUUGCAUCUCCUCUUUUCCAUGAAUAUUGAUAAUAAAAUAUUGCAACAGGUACAUUGGUCUAGUUUCCAUUAGAUGUUGGUGAGUAGUCAAAUAUUGAGAUAAGUCUCAAUUAAAUAUCGGUUCCUUUUGUUU